AUGAUGAUGCUGGCACAAGUGCCGGCUAGUCGCGACCGCAACCGCCAGCGUCGCAAGGCCUCAUCCGGAAAGCUACCUACUGGUGACGGUGGUGCUUCUUCGUUAAGCCAAGCUAAAAGCGGUGCCAACGAGCUACAGUCAAGUAUCCUGUUCCAGCCGCAUCUCUCGCCGUCUGCGCCCAAUUCCAAUUCAGCUUGCUACCCAACCUAG